AUGGAACAUGCACUCGGUAUACCUGAAAUCAGGCAGUACAUCUGCUCCCAAGUCGAUGAAAAGCCUACACUAGCCGCCCUGGCCCGAACCUGUAUCGCAUUCAAAGACCUGUCUCUGGAGAUGCUAUGGUCCGGACGCGUCAGCAGUAUCUCAUUUGGUGAACUUUGGCGCGCCCUUCCAAAUCUCUUUGUGACUGACGAGGCCUCGGGAGAAAUCGUUGAUGUCAGUAUACGUUCUUCACAAGACUGGAACCGGCUCCAUGCCUUUACGCACAAGAUCCGUUGCCUCUCAUUCUAUGAAGGCUCGUACUCUGUCAGCGAUGUGGCCCUCAACAAGCUAAUCAGCCCUCCAUCAAGUCUUGAGAGGCUUUUUCCACGACUUCGCAUUCUCGAUGUCGACGGGGAAGCCCCAGAUCUCGUUCGCACAUAUCUCAGGUUCCUUUCUGCCCAUCUUCGCCAUUUCAUGCUGGUUAGCACGCCCCAGUCCUGCCAUAUUCCUACGCGGAUCCUGCCAAUCAUGUGCCCACAACUUCAGGUCCUCGACGUGUCUAACGUAGGCUGGCCAGACAGGCGGGGAUCAACCUUGGUCAAGGAGGUCUCCGCCGCUGUCGUUCAGCUUCCGUUCCUUACGACUUUGCGGUGCCCCGAUCUGACACCGACAGCACUUCUCUUCAUCUCUCGUCUCCACGAUCUACGCGAACUCCAGCUGACAAAUAUGCACCAAACACCCGUGGGUGCGACAGGAGAAACGGAAACGACAAGAUUGACGUUCAACGCGAUCGAAGAGAUAGGCCUACAUCCGUUUGACAUACAUUCGGCCAUGGUUUUCUUACGUCGGCUGGAUACCCGUCCGCGAACUCUGGAGAUAAAAGAGGCUAGUCUCCCCUACGAAGAUCUCGUUCUAGUCAAGGAGCUGUUCGCUUUGCUAGGGCAAAUGACGCGGCGACAGUACGACUUAGAGGAGUUGUGUCUUCACGGACGGAUUAUCUGGCCCGUGUGCUACCCCUCCCCACAAUCGACCAACCCGAACACGCUCUGGAACAUAGAUCUCUUCCGACAGCUGGCGCACUAUCGUGAACUACGUCGCCUCUCUCUGUGGAUUCCAUUUGAUAUCGAGCUUUCUCAGGCGAAUGUCAAAGAACUGGCUCAUGGCUUCCCCAAGCUAGAGGUCCUUGAAUUCAGCACUUUAUCAUACUCCACCAUUACGGCAGAUGAUUUGAUCGGUAUAUCUGACGCAUGUCCAAAGCUGACGACCAUCAACGUCCCCAUCCACAGCUGGCCUUCCGAAUUCAACAGGAAACUGGCAGCUACGGAUAGCUUCAGAACCCAGUCUCACGUUUUGUCUGUGAAGCUCACCACCUCGUUCCUUUCAGACACAGACAGGCUCACCCAGACGCUGUCUGCUUUCUUCCCCUUUAUCCGAAAACUCGACCUCCACGAUAUUGAAAAUGGCAUAUGCGAAGAACCCACCCCUAUAACAGCUACUACAAUCGUCCCACUCAUGCGUCUCAGCCAGUUGACAUCAUUGAGCUUAGCCCUGAGGCACCGUCGCAUGGAACUCAGCGAAGCGGACGUUCUGGACCUGGCAAAGGCAUUGCCCCACCUCACCUCCCUUUCUCUCUUCGGUUCCAUCUCUACCGGCUACGAAGGAUUCUCGUUAAGCCUCGGUAACGUUUUGCGGCUUACAGACCUCUGCCCAAAUCUAUCCGAUCUUGCCACCCCCUUUCGGGCAUAUCUGUACGACCGCUCCAUCAGCCGAAAUCGCUUUGAGGCGCUACGGGUAUCUCCUCGGAACCAUGCACUCAACAGUCUCCGCCUCGUAAUCUUCUCCAAACCCGGCAACGCAUAUCUAGUAGACCUAGUUAUCAUCCUAGCUGCCGCUUUUGCGCGCCUCGAAACCUUGAGGUUGGAGAUGCCGCUGAGGAGUCCACCACCUGGAAGGAGUAUACGUCUUUCGGACGCUGUUAAGAAGUUGAGGAAGGUGGUCGAUCUCGGGGACAUUGGAAGAGCGGGAUUUGGCGAGUUACAGCUAACUGUCGCAGGUAUGCUCAAAGACUCUAGUCUUUAUUGA